CUCCUCUAUGAUUGGUGGAGACGCAGACAACAGCCCGCCUUUUGUGAAACUAUCCAAUUACUGUCCAGCCCAGUGUUGACGUCGUAGUGUGUGUUGUGUGAACGAACGUGAGUUUCACGUUGGUCCAGUCUCUGGGGAAUGAAAGUAGUUAUCUUUCCUACAGAGCUACAGUACCGUGUCGCUGUGCAUGCUAAUGCCAAGGGGUGGCAUUUUUCUGCAGCGUUUCAUUCUCCAGGACAACUCUGAAAGACAUAAUGGAUGAGGGGGUUGAAGAUUUCUCCCUUUGUGGUAAAGUGGCCGUAACUGAAGCUAAUCUGAGAGAUGAGUACUAUUGGAAGCUUGUUGCAGACUUCAUUGGUCCUCAAUCAGGAGAAGGAUUAGAGCUUGAAAAGGCACCAUGCAAGAACAGACUUUUGAUUCAAGUAGGACUUAUGACAGAGGACAAUAAUUUUCCGUGGAUUGCCAUUGUAGAUUGGCUCAAGAAAAUUUUCCCCAGUCAUCAGUCAGCUGACUUCCGUCGUCUGAUUGAAAGAGGUAUUGCAACAACACUGAGUCUGGGAAGCGAUGCAAGGCUGACGUUCUUGGAAUCAGACGUCAACUUUAACUUUGUCGGCCCAAUAUGUGAUAGCAUCGGAGUUGAAAGGCAACAUCUUUUGGAAAUGAGGGAUUUUGCAGAGCGAGCACAGUCAAUUGAAGUCACGAAUGGAUUAAUUUUUGAGUUGAGCAACUUUGUCACCAGGGAGAAAAUUGCACCAGUGGUUUUAGUUACUUGGCUUAGAAACUUCAACCCUGAGUUUUGUAAGAAUGGGAAUAUUCAAAAGGCAUAUAAAGUCCUUAGAGCCAAGAUAAAAAAGUUAAAACUGCAUUACCGCAAUUAUGAAACAAGAAGUCACAGGAGGAAUGCAGCGAUGGAAAAUCUCCUUCAAAGUCCAUUUGAACUGGUGCGGAAAAAAUCACCUAAAUUAAUUGUAAGGAAACGCAUGAAAAGAGACGAUACCGUAAAUUAUGAAAAAGUUUCAAUCAAGGAGGAAUGUGAGAGCUAUGACAUCAUGCAAUGUGAGGGACCUGAGAUGAACAGAGGAGUUGUGAAGAAAUUAAUAUUGAAAGAACAUGUCUCAGAAAGUGAUGAGGAUUUGAAUGCAACCAACAGCGGAGCAGAAACUUCAGAUAAAAAUGAGUCCCUGACCCUGCUUGACAUUGCAAUGCUGUCUGUCCAAAAGCUUUCAAGUGCGUAUGGUGGGAAAACAACAGCAUGCAAGCAAGUUUCCUUAGAUCUCCUCAGAAAUCACUAUACUCUAACAUGCAAGGAUCAUCCAGCCAUGGCCGAGUUUGAGAAAAAACUCGACUCACUCUGUGAAGACAUUUCACUUGCAUCUCCUGUGGUGUUUUUAAACUGCAACGCCAAUUUCCUUGUUGACAUGCAUGAUGCAGUUGAGCAGCAGAUUAUGAACUUUGAAAAGGAGAUCAUUCUGUCAAGGGGAGAGAAACUAGGCCGCGACAAGCUUCCAAAAUUUCAGAACUUUGUGAAUUUGUCAGAAAGUGCCACUUCACGCUACAUUCACAUGACUUGUGAUAUUUUAAGCCCUCGCACCCAGGAUACGCAAAACUACAGAAAACACUGGGUGGCGUUCUGUGAGGAAAAGAAAAAUCCCUCCAGACUGGCAGUAAAUGAGUCAAACCGAUUCAACAACUACUUUGAAGCUGCAGCGGGUGUUAUUCACCAUCACAAAGAGGUCGCUCUCUUCUUCUCUGAUUUACUGUCACUGAACGACAAAAGCCCAAACAUUGUUCUGGAAAGUGUUGCCGCUGAUGCUAAUGAUUCUGUGAUACAGAGCCUUGUGUGCGUUCUGGCUAUUGUUUACUGCAAAAUCCUCGGUCCUUACUGGCAACUUCUUAAAAGUGGAGGAGAGUACUCGCACUUCGGCCAGUACACACUCUGUCUCUAUCAAAAAUUCCUGGAUUGGUCCAAAGAUCCUUCCACCCUGCUGGAACCUGAAGGGGCCACAAAUGUUUUUCGGCAGUACCCUUUGCAGGAGAAAACUUUUCAUGGAGUGUUUGACUACUGUGGUCAGUGGCACACAAAUAGGGACCUCAUCAGAGCUUGCUUGAAGAGGAUGGUAAAGGUGAUUGCCGGUGUCACUGAGGAUCACCUGAAGGAUUUCCUGCCAGGAGGAAUAUUUUCUCAAGUCCCGCCACCAGAUUUGAGCGCACAGCUGGUAAGUUGCACAUUCUCCGUCUUGAUGGCAGAUUAUCCCUUUUGCCAUGUGAACCCUUACAAGAAGACAAGUCCUGAAAAGUCCACCAAACGCUCCUCACACAGCAACCUGUCAUCAGAAAGCUCUCAGGAAGAUGACACUCGAUCGGGUUCACCUGACAACAGCUCCGAUGAUUCUUCCGGUUGGGAAGCUAAGAGGUAUACCAACACUGGCCAAAAAGAUGACUUCAGUCCGCAGUCAAAAAAAGGUAAAAGAGAAAAGGCAGGAAGGCCACCAACUGAGGAGCGCGAGGAGAACAUGGAUAAGGAUUACAUAAUAGCUACAGUGAGCAGAAACGGAGGGCCAUGUAAGUCACAGCAGGAUGUUGACAAAAUGCUGCUGCGUUUCGAUGGAAAACCCAGAGCAGAGAAACGGGAAGCAGUCCGCUGCGAGAUACUGUACCAUAAAAUGAUUCUGAACAACACAGACCCAAACUUGGAUUGCGUUUUCCAAAACAGCACAAACAUGGUGUUGAAGCUGAAGCUCGCACUUCCGCGUGUUAAACCUGGGUACUCCCUUGUUUGGGCGCCAAGAAAGACAAAAGCAACCCCUGUGCGCCGAGACACAACAGAUGCUGCAGCUGACAAGAUCAAAAGCAGCCACACAUGAGCUUUCAUUGCAUGUAAAAAUCUUGAUGCUGAGGGAUAGAGGAUGAUAAAUGACUUGGAAUGACAGGAAAUAAUCUGUGUUAUCAUGUGACUUCCUCAUGAUUCUUACAAACUAAGCAGAAAUACACACAUUGACCUCAAUCUUUCCACACAAAUAAUGUAUGAUUAUGUUUGUGGCAGAUGUAGCAGUCAUGUGUUACGUGCUGUAUUUUCAAUGCCAAAAAUUUAAAUGAUGAGGAAUAAUUUUGUGGCUCUUAUGAUAUGACACAUUCCUUGAUUUGCAUGUUCCUGUAUUGUAACAAUGCUUUUCUAGUAAGUUAACUUUUUUGUUGCAGAAAAGAAAAUUUUUGUUAAUGCUAGAUUGUACCCUUUGUGAUCAUGCAGAGGUCAUAUGCACAUUUACCACUGACAAAAUAAACAUCUUUUUCAUA